AUGGCUGAAUUUCAAGGCCAACCGACUGCAACCGCCUCUAGGAGACAAAGGACUUUCUCGGAAAGCUCGACGGAUGUUUCAGCCGGGGUUGAUUUACAGGAAAGGUUGAGGAAGGAGAAGUCACAACGUAAAGAGACUGACGAAGUUUAUCAGCGACUACAGGACGAUUACGACGAACUUCUCAAAAAAUACGCACAGGCCGAGAACACUAUAGAUCAACUAAGGAUAGGUGCUAAACUUAACUUGUACAGCGAUUUGCCUCCACCACAACAAAGCUCAUUUGUAAAAGUCUCGGUUCACAAUCAGCCUGGCGUGUUCAGAUUUCCUAAAAGUCGCCAAGCUAUUUUAAGCGAAGAUAGUUUUCCCCUAACCGAAGGAUCUCACGCUAUACCGCAAAAUGGCAACCAACGCACCUCAGGUUCAGGGACUGAUUCUUCUCCAGCAAAUCCAUCAUGUCCCGAUGGAAGAGGAGCUCGAUUUAGGGCAGCUUUGGCGUCUAAAUUGCAGUAUUUUCAAGAAGACGUAGACGCUUUGCAAAGCCAUGUCAUGGAAGGACAAUGGGGAGAGCUUGAACUUCAAGAAUUGAGGGAUAUGUGCGAGCAGUUGAAAGCACAAAACGGGAAUUUGAAACAAGAAUUGCUGCAGAUCCAACGAUUGGAAGAUGGACGAGAUCCAGAGUCCUUUGAAAACGAAAGGUAAGGAAAGCCAUCGAAAUCGAAAAGUUUUACCUCGUUAUUUUAUCUACGUUCAAGGUCAAGGAUGUCUUUCUCCGGAAAUGUUUUUGUAAACUUUUUGUCAACAUUGUAUUGCGGGAAGACAAAUCGUUCAUAAAACGCUCUCGGUUUUUAAAUAUUGAGGUUAUGCUCUUAUAUUUUGAAAAUAAUUUAAGUCAGGCGAAGGAAACCUUUUGACAGAUUAGGCGAUUUAAGCAAAGACGUGUAAUUUAAUUUUUUCACCUGUAAAUAACGUCUAGCCUAUUCAUGUAUUCUUAAUUUAACGAGUCUACAGUUUGGGCUUUGGUCAAAGUUGCAGUGCUAAAUCAUUAAUGGAAAGAACACACGAUUUUCGGGCGAUCGUGACAAUCUAAAACCAUGGAGAAAUUGUAACCAGCUGUUCUUAUUUUGUAAAAUUAAUGACACGUAAGUUUCCGAAGAUUCGGACCAAAAUAAGUUUCAAUUCUAACACCUCUGGUAUGCCUUGUCAAAAUAAAGAGGGCAUUAUUGUUUGUUUAAGUUCUGUACAUAUGUAGACCUGCAAAAAGCUUUUUCUAACGAUUUGUUAAGAGAUUAUUUGCUUCAUAUUACUCGCUUGUUGUCGUGGUUUUUAAUGGGUAUUUGAAAAGGAAAAAAAAAAUUAAAAAUACUGGACUUUCAAACGUUAGAAAAUUGAUUAGAAAUGUUCCUCUAACGGUCUUCAAUUUUCUUUUAACUGUUUAGCCGUUUGUUUAGUAGGAUGUUAUUGUUUUUUCUUCGUAGUGAGAUUUUAACCCCACUUAUUCUCAGCUGGUUUCUCAAAACAUGAUCAACUAUUAUUUGAGUUUUAGGAUGAAAAUUCAAAAUUUGGUAUCAGAAACAAUUAUCAUUAUGCAAUUUCUAUCUCUGGUAUUUUGAUAACAGAUAUGAAUUUAUUUAUAUCAACUUUUUUCAUGAAUUUCUUGAGGUUGUUUGUUUUGCUCUUAAGAGUGUAACUCAGCUGAAUGCUCAAUAUAAACAGCUGAGCAGGUGGCCAUUUUUUUACUCAACUGUUUUCAAUAAGGAGGGUAAAAUGCUCCAAAAAUCCACAGUGAUGUGGAAAAGUUUACAAACAAACUUGUAUUCUAUUAUUUCUUCAUUAUAUAUUGAAUGUAGAAAGCUGAUUAGCCUAAAAGUACCUCUCUUUAUGUCCCAGAAUUAAUUUCUUUGUAAGAAAGUGUUCAGUUCUAGUUUUCAAUACAUUUUAUAAUGUAAAAGGCUUCUGAAUAUGUACAUAGAUUUUAGUGCUAUAUAACUGUUUUAUCAUUAUUGUUAUCAUUAGCAACUGGGUGAGGGGAAGGUCUUGAUGCAUAUUAUAGAGGGAAGUGAAAUUGUAAAUUUUGUUGUUGUUAUUGCUGUUGUUGUUGAGUGUGUGUGUGUCAUUUAACCAAACAGGUGAAGUAUAUCAAGUAGAUUAAAGUUGAUGCAAUAUGUGUGAAAAUAUGAAUAUUCUCAUCACCUAUUUGCUGGAUAAUAUAAGGAUAUUAUAGGGAGAAGUUUUUUUUUCUGGGAGUUAAAGGCUUAACCCUCUGCACCUAACACCAGUAUGUACUGUAAAUUCUCCUUACUGUUCUCUAUACAUUCCCUAUAGUUCUGACAAGGAGAAUUUGGUUAACAAUUGAGAAUGUCUUUGGUUGGCAAUCAUUCUACUGACCUUUAAAGGUUUGAUCUAGGGAUGACACUGUAAGGAGAAAUUAGGUGCUUACGAGUUUUUAUAGUUGUAGUGAAGGUGUUAAGGGUCAUGAAACUUUGCAAUAAUGCAAGAAACAGGCCAGCCCAGGGAAUGAAACUUUCCUCUUUUUCCCAGACCUGGCCCAGGUUGUGUUGCAGGUCCUUUUCCUGAGUUAGCUCAUUGAUGUACAUUUAAUUUCUAAAUUAAUGAAUACCAUUUAUUUUCUUUACUUAGUUUUACUGGUGAUUUUCAACCUGAGGACAGUCUUGAUGGACAGGUAAGGACUGUUUAAAGCCGUUAUAGUUACAUUUAAAGGGAAGGGAUGGAGGGGGUUUAUGCACACUAAAGGAAUGUUUUGUUUUGCUCACUCCUUUAACUGCAAAUUACUAUUAUAUGAUUAUGUAUCUGAAUGUGCAUCAUGACUACAGUAACUGUUAAUAAUUACUUGUACCUUUUUGGGGUCUUUUCCUGCAAUUGCGACUUAGAUGCCAUAAUGAAGCCAUAGUCCAAUGUUUAGAAUAAGCUUUAUCCGUUAUCAUAAAGCUCAUGAUGAACUUGUUAGGUACUUUUAAUGUGUUACAGGGUCUUAUUUUGGGGAAAUUAGAUAAGUACCCCCCAUCCUUUAUUAAAAUGUAAGUGUACUCUCUCAAUAAGCACCCCCAUCUUAGACAAGAUUCAAAAGAAGGGCUGCAGACCUCAUUGCUAGAAUUUAUGACAACACCUUAGUAAUAUACAUGCAUAAAAUGUAUGUUUUCUUUAUACUCAGGGCUGGAUUAGUAUCAGCUUUUGGGGAGUGUCCCCUUAAGGGUUAAUAUCAUAUAUGUGUAUGAAAAUUUAAAGUUGCUGAGGUGUCCCUUUCUACGUUAAACUGUUACAAGACCUGGUGAUCAUGGUGAUGUAGUGUUUGAUUGAAACUGUACCUUACACUACUGUUCUUGUCAAUUUUAAACAGCUGUAUCGAUGUGGGCUGCGACUGGAAGAAAUUUCAGAGCAGCUUGGGCACCAUACUACUCCAUCUGAUGAUCCUCACAGUCAACAGGAAAGGAGAAAUAGUUACAGCGAUUUGUUAGACAGGUAUGUUUUGAUAUUUUCUCAGAGUUUUAUCUCCACAUGCUCUGUCAUUUUUACUAGUUACUUUCCAAUAAAGGUUUCACUGGCUUUCUAAGUGAUCAGAUCAAAAUUUGGUCAUGAAGACAUUGCAGGAUGACCAUAAAACUUGAUACCAAACACCACUUACUUACCAUCAAAAUCUGCUUACUUGAAAACUUUGUAAAAUCCCUUGUAUGACAGUCUUUUAAAAGGCCUUGACUUGUAUUGCAUACUCAGUUUACCCCUCUCUAGUUGGAAUUCUUUAUAUGCCCUAUAUAUAUUCCAAUAACUCUGAUCACUGCCCAGGGUCAUACAUAUAUUUGGAUCCCCUUCAGGUUAGCACCAUCUCAAAAGUAUAAGAAUUUUGAGCCUUCCUUCUUUCGUCAGGUCACUGGUAAAUGUAAGUUUAAGUCUUAACUCAAGCUGAGUGGCCCAGCCAGUGGCAGCAUGUCCUGGUUUCUUUAGCAUAAAGCCGCCAGGAGUAUCACUUCUCCUUCCUUGAUGAGAAUUGCGAGUCCAUUGCAAGGUUUCCCCCUUAGUAUUUUAUCAAGUAUCCCUAAAAGUUUGUAAGCACCUAAUCACUCUUCGGGUGGAGAGGGGAACUGUGAGAGUAAAGUAUUUUGCCUCAGAACAUAACACAAUGGCAUGGCCAGGUCUCAACCCAGAGUCCAGUGCACAAACCAUUACUUCAUGAUGUCCCCCACUGUCAGGUCACUGCCUUGGGCACUUAUUUACCACAUGUCUACAAUGUACAUUCACAUUUCCUUUUUUUUUUAACACUCCUUGCCAUUGUGGUACAUGAUCAGGCAUGAAUAAAUUGACUUAAACCCUGUUCAGUGAUAGACUAAUGGCAUACUACAGUUGCACCAUUGUUAUGUGGGCUCAAUCAAUCAAAAUAAAUCUUACACUUAACUUUUUGUGCAGACCAAGGGACAAUCAUCGCACAGCAUCAGCAGAAAAUCAGAGACCUGAGGGUGAUCUACAGAAUCUAAUGCAGGUAUUGCAGGAAAUAAAAUAGGCAUUGUUUUGUUUGGCUGAUGAGAACUGUAUUGUAUCAGUUAUGUUCAAUGUCACAACAUUGCUAUAAUCACUUGGGCAAUGAUACUGUGUAUAGAUUACAAUCUGGCUUAUAGAUGUCAAUUAAGUUUUAUUUAUUUAUUUUUUAAUAGCGUAAAACAUUUGCAAAAGUGCAUUUUCCUUCUUGUGUAUUUUUUCUUUGUUUGCUUGACCUUGUUUUAUGUUUCACUUAAAUUACAUGUCAUGAAGUGAAGUUCAUGAAAUCAGUUUUGACUACCUCUAAGCACAGCUCCACUUAAAUGAUCUACUAAGUGAAAAUCAGGCAUUAGUUAAGGGGGGUUUGAGUGAGCUGGAAGUAAAUAGAACAAGUGAAAAAUGUAUGAAUUAACAAAGUUCUGAUGUAGCAACAAUCGCAGACUUAAACUGCUUUUUUUGUUUGUUUUUUUUUUUAUAGAUCAAUGCAUUAAAAUAGCUUUUUGUUACCAUUACUAAGAAAAAUACUAUGUACUUACAUGCACUUGUACAUCUUCAAGUUAGCCAACUGCUGAAGUACUUGGACUGGAACAAAACUUAUUACUUAAUUGCAGCUAAACUAUCAUUGAACAAUUGGUUAUUUUAUUCUGAGUUUCUUUCCUUGAGCAGAAAAUAUCCUAGAGAUAUUCUGUCAAAACAGGUAUAUUUUUCUUUUUUGGGCAUUUUGGAAAACAAUGCAGACAAUUGUCUGCAACAAUGAAAAGCCAUCUGCUAGCUUGUGUUUUAAAAGUUAAGUGUGAAAAAAGAAAUAAGUAUGGGGUCCAGCUAAUCUAGGUUCCUUCCCAUUGGUUACAUCUUUUUGUUUUAUGUUUUGAUUGUCUUUUGUAGUAGUACCGCGACUUUUCCUUUUUUUUUUGCAAUUGCUUACGAACAUUUGUUGCGGGUUUAUUUUGUAGAGACUGAGAAACAUCAAGGAGGCAAGCAGAAAUGACGCUUUGAGGUACAGCACUGCAGAAUCGAGUUCUUCCCAAAUAUUGUUGUAUGCCUCAUUUAUAUGUGAUACACAUUCUGUCACCUGUUUGUUUGACAACUCAACCACUGGUACAGAUACAUGUCAAUUAGGAGUUUUUUUUGAAUGAGUUGUUGUAAAAUGUGAACUUAACAUUCGAAAAGGAAACCAUAAGAAAGAGAGAAGUGAGGUUUUAUUUCAUUCUGGAAAAUUUAUUUGUAAAUCAAUUCUAUUAUUGGGGCUUGUACCUAUCUACCACUUGCCCUUCCCAGUACUUUAGAAGCACUCUAAGAUACUUUUAAUUUACUUUUCUAUACCACAUGUAUAACCUGAAAUAUUUUGUUUGUUCCACUUAUUGAAUUCAGAAACAUUCUAAACGAUUUUUUCUAGCAUUUCAAUGAGCAAUUGUUAAAUCUGCCAUCAAAAUUGAGGAUUGAUCUUAAUCCUAUUUCAAUGAGUUAUUUUUUUCCUUCAAAUUGGAUUAAACAGAUCUCAUCACAAUGACUAAUUUUUUAAUGCUAUGGUAUUACAGACGAUUUCCCAUAAAAUAAUGCUUUUGUGAGAUUUUUUGUACUAUUUUGAAAAUUCCUUUUAUUCUUCUGGCAGACAUUUGUGCUCUUUUAUCCUUAAAAGGUUCACAGUGUGGUUUCUUUUUAAUCAUUUGUUACAUUCACGCGUUAAUUACAAGGUAUAAAUAGACGAUUUAAUGAAAGUUGCUAUAUAUACUGAAACAGUGAAUAUUUAUGGUAUACAGUAAACAACAAUAUUUUUGUUUAUAUCAAGUUUCUGACACUGGGAAGAAAUUCGAGAUGUUAUACGUCCAAAUUUAAAACUUAAUGCAACUUAAAUUUUCGUGAUUUACUGCCUCAAAGGGCAAAAAAAAAAUGAAGAGUAUUAUCGUUGUUCUUGAACAACGAGCUACGCAUAUUAGCAUGGAUAAAUAGCUGCAUUGCUCACCAGGGCAGGUGUAUCCUAGAGAGAUCCAGCGGCUGGUAGAUAAGUCAAUAUCACGUAUGAUAAUACCUGGGAGCAGUGUUUAAAUCUGAUGUUGCCUUAAAACAUCAUUUUCGACCAUAUCGCGUCGGAUCUUGAGCCGAGAAUAGUUGUCCGUUAAUGGGGUCGAAUGCUGCGUCGGAAGGCGAAGAUGAAGAAAGUGAGGACGAAGAAAUAGCCAGGAUUUUUCGCUGGGCCGAAUUGAUGUAAUUGCUUUUAGAUAAUUUCUCUUUUUUUUCUCUGACGUGAUUUACAUUUUAGAGAUUAAUUUAAGUUUUUGGACAGUUAUGGCUUUUCUAGUGGCAGUUACGUCCGAAAAUCACCAAACGUUUUUUUCUAGGAGUCGACGAUUCGGAUUCUGUUAUCUAAAAUGUUUUGUUGUAUUUUCGUGCUGUUUUAUCUUUGAAACACGUUUGCGUGUAUCAAUGUGCUGUUUGUUAUCAAAUCAUUGAGCGUUCUUAAACAGACUGAGGUUACUGUGGUUGCUUUCAAAAAGGUAUAUUUUCGUUCUCAAAAACGAAGCGUUUCCCCGUUGUGUGUUUCUGUUACGGUUUUUAGCGUUGAGAUCAUUGGCUUUCUGAUUCGUGUUGUAGAAAAUAAUUACUGAUUUAAGCGUUUCGAGUGUUUUCCUUUGCGAUUUAAGAGCCGUUAGUGUUUUUGUGCACGUUAUAUUUGUUAAAAUUGCGAACAUAUCGGAACUAAAGAUAUCAGGGAACACCUUUGACAUCUUUCUCGGUUGAUUGCUGUGCAUAAGAAAUUACGCUGAUCUAACUAACCUUACGAGGGACUUCAAUAAUUAAUUUUCUUAUUUCUACCUUGUGCAUACUUUGUGUAUCUGGCCUAUGCUUUGAAAAUAGAGCGCUUCUAGAGGACUAUGUUAAAAAUAUGUGAACAUUCGCAUUUGAACUUUUUUUUGUUCGAGUUCGUGUGGUUAACUUCGAAGGAAAAAAAAUGCUUUUGACGGUGUGCUUUCCUCGUGUAUAUGAAUUUAAAAUGUUUACCAUUUGCUAUCAUUACAUUUGGCUUUGAUGGAAACGGAGAUAACAACUGAGCCGAAUUAGUGAUGUAAAAAUAUUUUGUCUCGAUAAAAUUAGACACUAAGGAGUGCGAUCCGACCUUUUGGUUGCUUUGGAGACCAACAACCCGAGUAUUCAUUCGAAUUACUUGAAUUUAUUUUUGAAGUUUUUAUUUCAUUGCAACAAAUUCCUAGAUUUUUUUGAUUUGUACUAACUUAUUUUUUCGAUUGCAGAGAAGGGAACAGCUCAGAUGAUGCGGAAGAUCUGGAUGCAAAUUCUUUUGAAAGAGAGGAUGACUUUUCUAGAAGAUUUUCUCUCGGUAGGCAUUGUGUAACUUUUUUUUCUCAAUCUGAACGUGAAAAGAAAAGCGUUUCUUUAUCAAUUGUGCACAAAAUCCCUUUCUGCGAUCAUAAAAGAGGUUGUGUAUUAUUUCUGUUGCUUUCUCAUCCUAAUUUAAUUCUUUAUGACGCUAAAAUGUCUCGAAGAGUUUUCGUUUUCUCAAGCGAAUAGCUGUAAUUAUUCGCUGUGGAAUUUACGCUGAUAUCAUGUUUAUUUUCUCCUGCAGGUCCGCUUCCAGAUAGUGAAGGCGAAGAAAAACAGGUAUCGAAAAUAUUUGCGUAAAGCAAAAUGUUGGGAUUAAGUUUUUGCGUCUAACGGUGUAAAGUUUACAAAUGUAACUUCUCUGCUAGAUCUCGAACACAGGCUUUUGUAGGAAUUUAAUUAGGCCAGACUAAACUAAUCGUUUCAAUAUACGCAAAAUUAAAGUCGUUUAUAAACAGAACUUUAACACUCAGCGUGGUAUCGAAUUUUUUGUAAUGAAUCUAUGAGUAAAGGCGUCAGUUCUCUAAAUAAGAAGAAGCAAAAUUUAACUCUAGGGAUAAAACGUGCGCGCAAAGGGGUUUUAGUUCCUAUCGAAAGUCUCAUCCAACGGAUAUUAUUGCCUAAUAUUUCUUAUCUGAAAAUAUUGAUCGUUUACGCAAAUUUAAAGUGAAGUUACAGAGCGUGACAUGUGGCAUUCGCUACAUAUCAUAAUAUUGGAUUCUCAGCCAAUCAUCUUUCUCGGCAAAGUGCGUGCUUCGCGUUGCUGUGUUUAUGAUGGUUUAUCAGUGACACUCAAGCUAAAUUUCGUGAACACCUUUCUUUCAAAUGUUUAUCCUUGUUAUGUGAGCGGCGAUGUGUCAGAAGUCAGGCCAAUAUGAUUCUCCACGUUGUUGUGUUUGGCGUCUAAAACUGUACUCGGUCCAACAUUGUCAUUUGCAAAUAUUCGGAAAUUCCAUGGAGUGCCAAUUGUCUUCUAAGCGUACCUUCGACGGUCCCAGCUGUUUGGCGUAGAUCUUCCAUUAUUGGAGCGUUUUCCUCAACUGAGUAUUACAUUUUAUCGCUCGAGGGCAAUGAAUGAUGACUGUUUUGGAAAUGCAGGCUCGCUAGAAGAGUUUUUCUUGGUCCUUUUGGACGGAAGAUUUGAUUAUUUGGUAAGAACUUAUUAUAAUUACCGGAUCGUGUUAUGCGCGUCGCAAUUAAGGAAUUUUAAUUUUGCGUUGAUGCGUGUCGAUAAAACAAGUUCACUUCCCGGCGAAAGAUCCAUACGCGCAAUAAGCUCCACUUAGAGUUUUGAAAUAUGUUCACCUUAGGGUCGAUCUGAUUUUCAACUUUCUCUUUUUUCGCCAGGGGCUUGGUGACCUAGCCGAACCUUUGGACCUACAGGAGUCUGGAUACUUCGCGUCCGAAUCAAUGAGUGUGAUUCAAGACCCUCUCUCUGAGCCCUUGUCAAGUCAGUACCUCGUAAAUAGUCAAGGGCCACAAGAUAGAACACGAGCAGGGUCCUUACCUCACACAAGGUAAGAAAAAAAAAUGCUGUCAUCGUAGAGAGGCUUACUGCAUUCCACGUUUUAUAUUGAUUAGACUGGAAAAAAAACGUCGUUCGCUUUAUUUAAAACCAUGAUACAUUGUAAACCACCAUGUAAUUGAAUGGUGUGUUUGCAAUGUCGAGGGGUCGUUGGGUAAUGUUACGCUCCAGUGGUUUAACUUCAGGGACCUGUCAUUAUUUUUCCCUGAGAGGGGGGGGGUCGGAGGAUUUUGGUUGUCUAACGAAAAAGUUUACCUAUUCCCCUUUCAAGGCUCUGUAAUUUUUUAUUUAUCCUUCCUUUCUUGAAAUUUUUAUGCAAAAUCCUCCACUGGUCCCUCAGCUUUGAAAAAUUUAAGUAUUUUAAAGUUUUGUCAACUUUUCCUCUAUUUAAUUUUUUAAGCGGAGUAAGGUAAUGGAUUAGAAAAGUGCAGUUUAAAUAACUCUAAAUCGAGAGACGACGAAGAUUAUAACCCCAGUCAUACUCUAUUUUUAGCCCUCAUCGCCUCUCAAUCGGUUCAAGUACUGGACAGCGGUCAAGGAGCAACAGUCACCGUAGCCGCGCCAACACAGCGGACUUCGAUUCACCCCCACUCCCAGAGGAUGAUGGUGACAAUGAUCUUCCUUCUUCAACCUUACCUUCUCCACAGACCUCGCCUGGUAGUUCUAAGUCACCUCGAGCUUCGUCAAGUCCAAUGCGUAACAGCGUAAGCGGAAUUCCUCCGCCUCCACGACGCCAAGACAGUCACAUUAGUGAAGCCAGUAGCAAACGUUCACGUGCUAGUUCUAGAGCAUCGAGACUGCCUGUGUCCAGUGGUAUUCCCACGCACGACAGCUUGCGUGACACUCAACCAGUCGAACCCUUUGAUUCACGUGAUCGCACGGCCAGUAUACACAGCUCACCACGUGAACAGCACGAGCCGCAAGAAUCACGGCGAAAUAGCAGGCAGGAACCGCCACGGACGUUAAAUGGGUUACACGAUGAUCGUGCGUCUAAACCCUCCAGGAUUGCCCAUGGUCGUCCUUUAAGAGCGAGCGUUUCGGGCGAUAGCCGUGUUUCCACGCCGCUCUUUCUUCCUAACGGGAACGGGCCCGCUCAGCCUAAAGAGCUCAACCGUAGGGGAAAAUAUCGCAACCCAGCGGCUGAUUCUGAGAGAGGUUUUGAUAGUGGCUUCUUUGGUUCGGAGGGAAGUCGCAUAUCACGGGGCCACGAGUCCCCUGAUAUUCCGCCCCCUUAUUACCCCGAGACUAAACUACGCAGUGCGCCUUUACAAGAACAAUCCGCAACAGAGACUGAAGAUGAUAGGGGCCACAUUACGGCGCCGAAACAUGCGCCAAAGUUAAUUUCUAGAAAUAGAGAUGCGAGGCGACGGAGGUCCUCCUUGCAGUCGCUGUCAGAAAGCGAGGAGGAUCGUUAUUUAGAGACAACUCACUCCAAGCCUUCAACGAGAACGCCGUCAUCUCAAAGAGAACGAAGAAGUCAUCGACAUACUCCAACUCAUCCUGUCCCCCGAUCGGAUAACGAAGGCGUUCGACGACUUGACGAAUCGUUACGAAGGCAUACGUCUACUCCGAGCAUAAACGAAGAUGGUACGGUAGAAAGAUCAGUGUCAAGUGCCGUGAGUAGGCGAACGUCUAGGACACCUGCACGCUACAAUAAGGGAACUAAUACUCCAAGAAGUACGGGUAGGUUUUUAAGCUAAUUAAAAUCAAAUGCUAUUUCUUAAGAAUUUCGUUGUUAUCUGAGACACUAGUAUGGAAUAAAAGGCUCGUUUUUCAUUUUUUACAGUUUGACCAGCAGUUGACUAGGUCGCUCUCCGGUGUUGCCUCAUCAAUCCACAGUUUUAAUUCCUACUUAUCAUUUAGUUAUAACGUUGUUGGAGAUUCAAUACUGACAAUCUCAGCGAUUCCCGUGUAAAUUUCAAGGUGACCUCAAGAGAAUGGCUCAAAUUCUGAAAAUAUUACGAUUUAGCAUUGAAAUUUAAGGUUACUUUCAGUUUCUAAAUGUAUUAAGUACAAAAAAAGAAAACAAAACGAAAGAAGAUGCGUCAACAAACCGACCUGUACACGCCAGUACUGAUCGUUGUUUUUUUUCUAUCUUUCAUUAAUGUAAUUGUUUUAAAGUAACGAACCUUCUCGUCGCAGCUAAUGAUUAAUGUUUGGAAAAACAGAUCCGGUAUCUACGUCUUUGUGGUUAUAUACAGUUAUUCGUGUGAAAUUACCUCCUUGUGAGUUUAUUUUACUGCUUUUGAACGUGCAUUCAUUAAAAGAUAAUCUACGUAGGCGCCAGGUGCAACACUGUUGUAUUCUGUUUCUUAAUUGCACCAACACAGGGUCUUUUGUGUUUUAUCUCCAUCACAUCACAAUGAGAAACACUGGUGUUGUUAGUGUGUAGGUCCUGAAACUGUACGUUUUAUGAAAGAUCGAGUUCACGCAAUUUAUUUCUUAUGCUGCAGCGGAGUUUUGUCAAAUAUUACGGUAUCUUUUUCGCCAUCUGCUUCAAAAUAUCGCUGAUUUCUCGGAGCAAAAUUUGCUACUUUAAUUUUUUGGAUAACUGUGUGAUUCGUUAAAUUGUGUAGGAUCUUCACCGUAUUUGGAGACUGGUCGGGGAAAACAUUGGUUUUUGUUUUUAGGUAUAUAAUAUUGGUAGUUAUUAAUCAGCAAUCCAAUCAGAUACGAGACUAUAUACUUGCCCCAAGGUUAACAUAAGCAAAUAUUCAGUAUUUUUAACAGUUAUUCGUUACUCAAAGAUGUUAUUUUGGGUAACUAAUGUGAGGACAUGUUCUUCAUUCGAGAGGGUCUUUCAGGAGGUAAACACUUUGCUAAGCCGCAGCGUAGCGAUUAAAAGUAUAUUUGAUGUGUAGGACGUGAAGCAGAUAUAGGAUUAUGAAUAAUAUAUAAGCGUACAAUGAUAUGAAAACAGGGUAAUAAGCUUAGUAGUAGAGUUAAGCAAAUUGUUUGUGCCAUUGUAAAAUUUGCUCUUCUCUUGAGCCCCAAUGGAUGGACUAGACCAAGGUACCAAACUCAUUUUUGUUGUACAACAUUUGUGCUCUAAGUGUAAUUUUUAUUCUCCUUGCAUGUAUUUUGAAUCGUUGUGAAAGAUAAUCACGUUAGAAACUUGACUCUCGCAUGCAAAUUGCUGUGUCUAAAGAGAUGCAGAAAGAUGGAGAAGUGUUUGAAGCGACCAACGUUUUAAACUGAUUUUGGUGCUGUUAACGUGUCCCUAGUUGUGAUCUAUUUUGCACUGGAAUGGAAUCACCGAUUUCUAGAUCUCCCCAACUACAGAAGAGAGAAACUAAGGAUUCAAAUUGAGUUAUUUUUCCUCUCUAAAUAUGUGAUAUACCGAAAUUCCGCGUAGUGGUCUUAUUAUUUUACCGCUACGAGCCAUUAUUUAAGUAUACCGAUUGCUGUUUUACAGAGGUCAUUCUGAGUUUUUUCUUUUUUCGCGAUCCCGUAGCAGUCUUGCCUCGUUCAAUGUAAAUUUGUUCACGGAGUGGCUUUCCGAGUCUUAAAUAUUUUAGUGUAUAUAUUUUUGAUCGAACUGGAGGCGCCUUUCUGUCUUGCUGCUCAAGUUAGAUAAAAAGAAAAAAAUGAAAAUAAUUAUAGCGAGAGCAGUAUGCCUGAAGCCUCACACUAUAUUUUAUAACGUUCUAUAAUCUUUUUUCCCGUCGUUCUCAUAGGCCCGCGGUUAGAUCAGUCCCGCCCAAUGGAUAAACAGAGCGUGCGCAGUUACCCGGGCGACCGUGAGUCCGUGCGUUCAGGACGGCGGUCAAGAAGAGGUGACGAUAGUAGCAGUGGAUACAGUGACAAUGAACGAAGAUAUCGCAGGUAAGUAUUACGGCUGUGCAAACGAUAUGAUUGCUGUUCUUAAUGUUGGGCGGAAAUCUGUAUCGUCAGUUACAAGAACUUGUUCAGUUGUGUUAAUUAUUUGUAAUUACAGAUACCCGCAGCAUUUUGCACUAAGAACGGUGAAAGGAAUUAAUCAAUUUGUUUGUGUUAUUUUGAGACGUGAAAGACCUAACAAAUCAAUUUGUUUGAUUCGUGUAUCUUGGCUGUUGCCGGAAUAUUUAUAUAUAAAUAUAAAUAUACGUCAGCGUGUGUUCAUAGAGAUAUGAAGCACGCGGAAAGUUUGGAGAGCACGAAAGAUGCGUAAGAGUUGCUAGAGGCGUAGCCGAGAGUAACUCUAGCUUCUUGAGUGCUCUCCAAACUUCCCAAGUGCUUCAUAUCUCGAUGAACGCACAGCUGACGUAUGAACCAAUUGUUUUAUAACAUUUUCAACCCGAUGGAAAUUUUUUUUCUCGAGGGAUUUGUUUGCUGACGUCAUGAGCGUGCACAAUAGGAAUAUGAAGCACGCUCGCGCAAUUGAAUUUGAUUACACAAAUUUACUAGAUAUGUUAUAAUGUUAGUUAAAGCAUGUAUGUGUCUCGGACCUUGUACUCCUCUGUAAUUUAUAGAAGGGGAAUUAUUUGUUUGAUAUGUCUUUGCCUUGAGUCAGAGUACUUCAAAGUCUUUAACUUUCCGUUCUAUGGUGAUUUUUUUGUUUCGCCUGCCGGGAAUGAGUUCUAGAAUCAAUUCGCCCAUUUAGUUUAUUUAUUAUUUAGGUAUCAAGAGAUAUUUCAAUUUUUAUUUUUUUACUGACAGAGAUCCUAUUGAUAAACUGAGAGAGGAGCUUCAGAGCUUGCGUUCGCAACUUCAGCAAGACUCGAACGCUCGCGGAUUGCAAGCUCAGAUGUACGACGACCUCCGACGGAGGCACGACGAUCUGGAACGAGAGAUGGCCCGAAGAGGUGCCGAGCAACAGAUGGCGAACCUAUACGACAACCUACAGAAAAAAUACGAUGAUCUGGCGAACGAAAUGUCUCGGAGCAAAGAAAAUGCGACCACAAGCACGACACCUCAAGACGAUCUUAGAAGACGGAUCGAAGAACUAGCAAGGGACGUAGGAGACCUAAAGCGAAGAGAUCACCCGCGACCUUCUCGCUCUCGCUCUCCUUCGCCAGCUCCUGCAAAAGCACCCGCGGUCACUAUGAUGCAGUUUUUGUGUCCGUUUUGCGGAAGUUCUGGCUCUCAUAGUCACGGGAAUUAUUUCUAUCCAGGGUAUUCUGGACCAGAACAGGAAACCCCGAUUGUUAGCACACCAACCUCGAGGCCUCGUCGCCAUACCGAGACACAGACUCCUUAUAAUCCCGGAUUGACGAACACUUAUGUCCACCACCCUACUACCCCAGCGGCUACUUCCACACCGUACUCACCCUACUACCACAAGUAAGAAACAAACGCAAAAUUGAAAUCGCUAGCUAUCUCGUCAGUCAUCCAUAUAGAGAGAGUAAAGAUGCGCAGAUUAUAAACAGUUCUCGAUUUCAGUGAUAUUUCAGUUUUCCACAAUGAAAAUUUCCUGUUGUUUUUUUCUUGUAGUGUUGUUUCAUCGCCUAUGCAUCAUCAUACUCACACCUAUCCGGGAGCUGCGACCUCAUCGUCCGUAAUACCCGCGGGAGUUGUCCCCGGCGUGCCGGUGGCACCGCCAGGGGCGGUGAACGAAACCCCAACGGUACAUCAUAUCCAUCAUCUUCCCCGGGGGAGGUCUAGGAACCGGCGGGAUUAUGUGGUAUCCGAUAGCGAUGACUCUGAAAGUGACGAAGAAUACCCUGCACCUCGAAGGUAAAACCUCUUCUAGUCACUAGGUUUUUUUGUGAUAAGUAAAACUUAAGGGGAAAAUUUAAAAAAAAAACAUUUUUUUUCUUAUUUAGCAGGCACGUUCGACUCAGAAGUAACCCAAGUCCAAGUCACAGCGGUUGGGGAAAUCACCAAGGAGAUGAAGUAUGUUUCACGACACUUCUGAGUAUCCUAGGGUGAAUUACAAUAAACAAUUAACUCAUUAAGCGUUUCAGAUUCAAUCUUGAACGUAUUCUUAUAGGAUAUUCCUAACGUUUCAUUACUUAUAAUCCUAAUCAAUUACAAAGCUAUGCCUUUACACUGCCGUAUGAUAGUGAUCUUUAUGUCUCGAUACAAUUUCCGAGAAUCUGAAUGGGCUUCAUUUUUCGACGACGUUUCUGGGAAGAUUCACAUACUUUAUCGAUAUUAUACUAGCAUUUGUGAUUGAUGUAUCAUAUUAUUUUUUAGAAGCGCGUGGUACUACUUCUCUUUUGUCUUUAGAAGGAUUCUUUUCCCCAGUAGCUGUGUUUUUCAACCCUCUUGUACUGACAACAGCCUGAAUUUUUAUUUUUUUUAAUGAAUUACCGCCAUCUUGUUUUCAGUUGGAGAGUUAUCGACUCCAUCAGUCGCUGGACGUGGCCAACAAAGCCGCAAGAAGAAUGCAGAAUAUCUCCAAGAGAAUGCUGAGUAACAUCGCUUCCGACUUAAUCCGAUCCGGCAAAAGAUAGCACGUGGAUACACAUUCCCAACUAUUGAAGUAGUUCACUCACUCUCGCUUCCCGGUCCAAGUCAGUUGUGAUCUUUACUCGCGGUUAGGUUCGGAAACAACUCUUGGAUAUUCUUGGUCAUUUGGUCAAACGAAAAGAAAACCUACUUUUUAAACUAUAGAGACGAGGUGCAUAUAUCGCCGAAAAUUCACGGAAAGCCAUUCCUAAUGCUCGCUGUUAACUCCAUCACUAUUAAUAAGAUCAGAUUAUUUUUAAUAAGUUUAAAUUGAAUACUUCCGUCACGUGAACAAUUCUUUAACACAAGUCCUCAAUGCAUAAUGAACAAUACCACGAACAGUGACUUUCGCGCUGGAAAUCCAUAAAAACUAUCUCGCACCGUAUACUUUACCCUGUUAUUGCAACAAAUUAGGCAAUGAUGCACGAAGUUAGAAUGUAAUUGAAAAAUUAUUUUUGUAUUUUCGAACUGAUUUUGUAGAGUACAUAGCCUUGUUUUAUAUUCCUCUUUAUUUAUCAGAGUUUUUUUAUACCAAAUAUUCAUUCGCUUUUAUAUACCAUUUUAUUUAUUCAUACAUACUAUAUAAGAAUGGUUUCUUUAUAAUUUUAACAAUUUGCGUUAUAUUUUAUGUGCGUUAACUUUUUUAAGUGACAAAAAUACUUUACAUUUAGUUUGAUUGGUAUUGCAAGCACAAAAUUGAAAUUUUAAAGAAAUCAAGAGCGAUUUUGAGUUUAGCUGCAGUCAUUAAAGUUAGCGUUGUAAAUGACUAUAAUACAAAAUAUUGUUUAAAAAAAAUAACUUUGAG